AUGCCUCGUCUGCCCACCAGAACGGAGGUUGAGAUCUCAUGGAAGCCGCCACCUCCCGAGUGGGUUACCCUCAAUACAGACGGCUCCGUUGUCCAGGAAUCAGGCCGUGCAGCAGCAGGCGGCUUGAUUAGAGAUCACUUAGGAUGCUGCCUUGCAGCAUUCGCUUUGAACUUGGGUGUAUGCUCCAUCACCCGAGCUGAAUUGAGGGGCGCGGUGGAAGGUCUUCAGCUGGCUUGGAAUUUGGGGUACAGGCGUAUUAGACUCGAGGUUGACUCUCAGUGUGCUAUCCAGCUCCUGCGGAGCCAGGAUAAUCCGGAUCACCAGCAUGCAGCCAUCAUACACAGGUUCCAGGAGAUGCUGCAGCGAGAUUGGGAAGUCACCCUUAACCAUGUAUACCGUGAAGGCAACAAAGGAGCGGAUUUUCUGGCCAACCAUGGCCACAGUUUACCUCUUGGUUUUCAUAGAGUGUCUUGUUCGUUUCCUCCAUUUCAUCAUGUUCUUAUGUAUGACUGUCAAGGUCUCUCAGAGACUCGUUUGGUUAUGAAUGAAAGCUAG